AUGUCUUCUAUCAUUACAAAUACACCAUGCUCAAAUUCAGAAGCCUGUACUGAUUCCCCUGUGACUGCGUACAGCGCCGAGGAUCAAUGCAAAGAUGUAGCAGUUAUUGGCAUGGCGUGCCGCGUUCCUGGCGGCAUACAAGACUCUGAACAAUUAUGGCAAGCACUCCUGGGACAAGUGGUUGCAUGCGGAGAUAUUCCCGCACAUCGCUGGGAGCCGUAUUAUAAAAGAGAUUCUCGCAACAGAAAGAUUUUAGACCAAACAACCAGACGGGGAUAUUUUGUCGAAAAUAUCGACGAUUUUGACUAUCAAUUCUUCGGCGUUUCGCCCAAAGAAGUUGAACAAAUGGAUCCACAGCAAAGAAUAUCGCUUGAAAUUGCUUGGGAGGCGUUAGAACACGCCGGUAUUCCAUCAAAAUCACUCAGUGGUAGUGACACGGCUGUUUUCUGGGGUGUUAACUCAAAUGACUAUUCAAGACUGGUUUUGGAAGACUUGCCUAAUAUUGAUGCUUGGAUGGGUAUCGGGACUGCAUAUUGUGGAGUCCCGAACCGGAUAUCCUAUCACCUAAAUUUGACUGGUGCAAGCGUUGCUGUUGAUGCUGCCUGCGCCUCUUCCUUAGUUGCUGUGCACCACGGCGCGGCUGCUAUUGCGACAGGAGAAUCAAGAAUUGCAAUCGUUGGGGGCGUGAAUGCUCUUUGCGGGCCUGGACUUACUCGGGUUUUGAACAAGGCUGGGGCUGUCUCCCCUGAUGGACAAUGCUGCUCAUUUGAUGAAAAUGCGAAUGGCUACGGCCGUGCAGAAGGUGCGGGAGCCGUCAUUCUCAAAAGUCUUUCACAAGCACGGCUUGAUGGAGAUCAUAUCCUUGCGAUUAUCAAAGGUACCGCAGUCGGCCAUAAUGGGAAGACAAAUGGUAUUAUGGCUCCUGAUUCCAAGGCACAGCAACUUGUGGCUAGGAAUGCAUUAAAAGCCGCGAACAUCAACCCUCUCACCGUUCGCUACGUCGAAGCCCACGCCACAUCUACAGCACUUGGAGACCCAACGGAAAUUACUGCCCUUGCUGAGGUAUACGGAAAAGGGCGUUCUAUCAAUAGUCCUUGUUAUAUUGGCUCUAUCAAGCCAAACAUAGGGCAUUUGGAAGCAGGGGCUGGAGUUAUGGGUCUCAUUAAGGCUAUUUUGAUUGUCCAAAGAGGGCUGAUACCGCCCCAGGCAAACUUGAAAACACCGAACACGAAGAUAAAAUGGAAUGACUCCGGUCUAAAAGUCGUUCAGGAUCUAACAAACUGGCCAGAUGAAACGGAGCCACGCCGCGCUGCAGUGUGCUCUUAUGGAUAUGGUGGGACCGUGUCUCAUGCUGUUAUUGAGGAGUUCCAGGAAUUCACUCCAAUCCUCCAUAAUGAAAUAGGGGCCAAGGAUUCAUCUAAUGGUCACCUACUUUUACUUUCUUCUCCACAAGAACAACGCUUAAAGACUCUCGCUGGAUCACUCAGGACUUGGAUCGGACAACAGGACGAAACUCACUUUGAUCUCGCUAAGUUUUGCAAAACUCUUGCCGGACACCGAAGCCAUUAUGAUUUCAGGGUAUCGGCAAUUAUAGACGAUUUUGAAGGCGCCAUAACUGCAUUGGAUUAUAUAUGCAAAGGAACAAAUGACCAAUGGAUUACUCGAAGCCGUGUUCUCCCAUUUGAUUUGGCGAAGGGCGUCGUCUGGGUCUUUUCUGGUCAUGGAGCGCAAUGGACCAACAUGGGGAAAGAGUUAAUAAAUAACGACAUUUUCCACGACGCAAUUCAACCUCUUGACAAAAUCGUUGAGGACGAAAUCGGGCUGUCUCCUAUUGCAUGGCUUCGAGAUGGUGAUUUCAAUUCCUCCGAUCGCGUGCAGAUUUUGACAUUUAUUGUACAACUUGGAAUAAGCGCCUUACUGAAGUGCCGUGGCAUCCACCCACAAGCAGUUAUCGGUCACUCUGUAGGAGAGAUAGCUGCCUCCGUGGUUGCCGGUGCUCUUUCGCCAGAAGAGGGCACCUUGAUUGUGACUCGCAGAGCCCUUCUAUAUAGGCAAGUUAUGGGCAAAGGGUCCAUGUGCCUAAUAUCCAAGUCUUACCAAGGGGUCCGCGAAGAUCUUGGGGAAGCCAGCGAUGUGGUAGCGGCUAUUGACUCUUCCCCAUCAUCUUGUGUAAUUGCAGGCACAAACGAUGGUGUGGCCGCCUUAACUGAGAAAUACCAAAAACAGGGAAUCAAAACAUAUACAGUGAAGACCGAUAUUGCAUUCCACAGCCCAACCUUAGACCAACUGAGAGAGCCUCUUACAGAUAUGCUGAAGGAUAUACUACGUCCCGUUCAUCCACACGUGAGGCUGUACUCUACUUCACUAUUGAACCCACGCGGCUCGAAUCCUCGGGAUUCUACUUAUUGGGUCAACAAUAUGACCAACCCUGUGCGCCUUACCUCUGCCAUCCUUGCUGCUGUUGAUGACGGUUACCGAAGGUUUGUAGAGAUAUCUAGCCAUCCGCUAGUCUCACAUUCAAUCAACGAGACAUUGAUGGACGCUGGUAUUGAGGACUACUCCGUGAUGCACACCCUUCGACGAAAUCAGCCAGCUGAAAAGAGUAUACUCCAUGCCAUCGGCCAACUUCACUGCAGCGGGGUAGAGUUUAACUGGCAGAGCCAGAUGCCAGGUCCGUGGAUGCAAAAUGUACCCCUGAGCCCGUGGGUUCAUCGCCCAAUUGUGCAGAAAAAACUAGUACAGGGUACUGUGGGUAUGGUAGCAGACAUGCACGAUGUUGACACGCAUACUCUCUUGGGUCGCCGCACUGCAAUAGCUGGCACAGAUUUGGUUGUGCAUUCGACAACACUGGAUAGCACUACGAAGCCCUUCCCAGGGAGCCAUCCAGUAUUCGGUACGGAAAUCGUUCCAGCUGCCUGUCUGAUUAAUACAUUCUUGAAAGGGACCGGUAACUCUUCAUUAAAGAAUAUCAUACUCAGAGUCCCUGUGGCUACCAGUGGAUUGCGGGCCGUCCAGAUAGUCAUACAAGGUGACGAAGUGAAGCUCAUGUCUCGUCUAAUACAGAAUGAGAGCGUGGGGGAAAGUUCAUGGGUCACGCACACCGAAUCUCGUUGUACAGUACGCACUGAAGCCAUUACAGAAGUAAUUGAUGUGCCUGAGUCCAAGUCUCGUAUUGGAACACGGCUCAAUGAUGACUUUACAAUUGACUACCUAGCCAAGGUUGGGGUUGCGGCUAUGGGAUUCCCCUGGAAGGUUACAGAGCAUUAUGGCAACUCAGACGAAAUGAUAGCAAGGGUGGAUGUUUCUCCCACUACCGUGAGCCUUGAUUGGGACCAGUCAUCUUGGGCCCCUUUCCUAGAUGCCGCUACUUCAAUUGGAUCUACAAUAUUUUUCUCUGAACCCCGACUACGUAUGCCAGCUCAGGUUCAGGGGGUGGAUAUCUUGACCACGCAGGAUCCACCUAAGACAGGUUGGAUAUACGUCAAGAGGGAUGCUGACGUUGAAUACUCCUGUCACGUUUAUAUACUCAGCGAAGACUGCCGGUUGCUUGCGAAAUUUACUUCCAUGCGGUUUUCGGAAAUCGAGGGCACACCCGGCGCAAGCGGAAGCAUGUCCAGCUUAGUUCACCGCGUUGCUUGGCCUCCAGCAUGUCCUGCAGAGGAGCCCAUACCAAUACAGAGUAUUAUUCUGAUUGCUAAGUGCAAUACCACGCGAGAUACGUAUGCCAAAACACUACCAGCCAAGAUCCAGUUAGAGCAGCUUGCAACUCCAGAAGCUCUACAAGAUCUGUUACCGUCUCUUGAACACAAGAGAGGGGCAGUCGUAGUGUAUAUCCCAGAAGAAGUCCGGUCGCUACAAGAGGUGCCUACAGCCGCUGAGAAAUUUACCUGGCAGCUACUGGAGAUAACUAAAUAUGUUACUAAAAACUCUUUAUCUACCAAAAUAUUUGUGCUCACCACUAAUAUGAUGGAGGCAGAAACCCCAACUGCACUCGCACACUCGCCACUGUUGGGACUUAGCAGAGUUAUUGCUAGCGAACAUCCUGAUAAUUUCGGAGGCCUUAUUGAUGGAGAACAGUAUACUGUGCCUCUUCCAGUUAUGAAGUACAUCCAGGGGGCCGAUGUCAUUCGUAUUAUGGAUGGGAUCCCGCGAACAGCUAGACUCCGUGCUCUACCCCGAGACUGUCGAAACCAAGAGGCUCCCAAGGCUCUUCCCCGUCCCGAGGGAACCUAUCUGAUUGCUGGUGGUUUGGGUGUCCUAGGCCUGGCCGUAGCCGAAUUUCUAGUCAGCCACGGCGCUCGACGGCUUGUACUUAUUUCCCGGCGCGGACUACCGCCACGGAGAACCUGGGAACAUGCCGACCAGGAGCUACAGCCAGUUAUAUCCAAGAUCCGGGAUCUUGAGCAACAUGGCGUGUGCGUCCAUGUUUUAACUUUGGAUCUCUCGACUCCCCAAGCUGCAGGGCGUUUACUGGAGAAAUUGGACCAGUUGAAUCUUCCUCCAGUAUUGGGCGUUGUCCAUGCGGCAGGGGUGUUGGAGAAUCAGCUUAUUCAGGAUGUCACACAAGAUGCGUUUGCUCGCGUCCUCGCACCCAAGGUUGCUGGGUCAUUAGCUUUGCAUGAGGCGUUCCCUCCUGAUUCACUCGACUUCUUCGUUCUCUUCUCAUCAUGCGGUCAAUUGUUUGGAUUCCCUGGCCAAGGUGCUUAUGGCAGCGCCAACACCUUUCUAGACACCUUGGCUACACACCGCCGUAAUUUAGGUGAGAAUGCCAUUUCAUUCCAGUGGACGGCAUGGCGAGGAAUGGGUAUGGGCAGCGAUAGUGACUUUGUUGCUGCAGAGCUGGAGAGCAAAGGUAUCACUGAUGUGACCGGACACGACGCCUUCCAAGCCUGGCUAUACCUCAUACAGUUCAAUACUGACCAUGGAGUUGUACUACGGAGCCGUUCUUUCGAGGACGGAGAACCGCUUCCGAGUCCCUUACUCAACGACAUCGCCAUUCGUCGUGCUCGAUCUAUAGCUGGCGCACCAAAUGCCACCGAGGGCGGUCCCUUGGCCGGCGCCAGUAACAAGAUUCCAUCCUCCGGGCCAGAGCUCAAGUCAUACAUUGACGAACAGAUCCGCGAAUGCGUUGCCAGCGUCCUUCAUCUACCGUCAAAGGACGUUGACUCGAGAGUAGCACUAGCAGAUCUAGGGCUGGACUCGGUGAUGAACACCGCCCUUCGACGGCAGCUUCAACGCACCUUCAAGGUAAACGUCCCGCCCACAUUAGUCUGGAGUUACCCAACAAUUAAGCAUUUGGUUGGUUGGUUUUUUGAGAAAUUGGCUAAGUGA